AUGGCUUUGAAGCUGUCAUCCCUUGCGGUUGGCUUGUCGGCACAGCUACUCCGUUUGGUCUUCCUUGCUUCCCUGGGCCUCUCAGUGGAAAGAUGUUUUUGUGGGGAGAUCUCCGUGACGAGCAUGGUACCAAGGGCAUUCGGAGCAAAGGUCCGCAGGCCAAGGCUGCGGCUUUCUCGGGUCCUUGGUGGCAUCCAAGGGAAGCAGUUCGAGAACGAAGGAUGUAUGCUGCAGGAGCUGAAGAAGUUGGCCUCCGAGCAAGAAGCUCUUGCCCAUGAAUCCGGCAAAAGUCUCGACCGAAAGAUCCACCAUCUGGAGACAUCUGUGGAGUUCAUCCGCUAUGCUGAGAAGCAGGGCGCCGAUAUAGACGUCAAAGGCAAAGCUUAUGCCCGAGUAAGCAAAGGUGGUGUGUGGUGGGCGCUUCGCACCAACAGGCAGGCAUUCCGGAAGAAGGAAGUGAAACACAUCAUUAUCACUGCUUUCAAGGCCAUGGGCAUAGCCUUCGUCAAGAAGUCGUCGUGA